UUCCAAAGAGCAGCCAUGUCCACCCUGUACCCAUCUCUGGAGGACCUGAAGGUGGACCAAGCCAUGCAGGCCGAGGCCAGAGCCGUACCCAGGAAGCCCGCCCUGCCGGGACAGGGAACAGACUCCCAGCCUUCAGUUUUGUACCCAAACCUGGCGGAAUUGGAAGGUUAUAUGGGUCUUUCGUUCUCCAGCCACGAAGUCCAGCAGAACCUGCCUCAGAUUCCAGAAGGUGCCAGUGCAGCGGUCUCGGGCCCCUCACCGGACCAGGUGGUGGCGCUGGUGUCCGGGAACAGCUUGGGCGUGCUGCCUGGGGAGGUGAAGCCCGGGGUGCGCGAGAUCCACCUGUGCAAGGACGAGCGCGGCAAGACGGGGCUGCGGCUGCGGGCCAUCGACAAGGGGCUCUUUGUGCAGCUGGUCCAGGCCAACACCCCCGCGUCCCUGGUGGGGCUGCGCUUUGGGGACCAGAUCCUGCAGAUUGACGGGCGCAACUGUGUCGGGUGGAGCACAGACAAAGCCCACCAGGUGGUGAAGAAGGCGUCAGCUGAGAAGAUUGUCAUGGUUAUUCGGGACAGGCCAUUCCAGCGGACUGUCACCAUGCACAAGGACAGCACAGGCCACGUCGGCUUCGUCAUCAGGAAGGGGAAGAUCAUCUCUUUGGUCAAAGGGAGUUCUGCGGCCCGCAACGGCCUCCUCAUCAACCACUACGUGUGUGAGGUGAACGGGCAGAACGUCGUUGGGCUGAAGGACAAAGAAGUCACGGAGAUUCUGGCCACAGCCGGGAACGUCAUCAACCUGGCCAUCAUCCCCACUGUGAUCUAUGAGCAGAUGGUCAGAAAGUUGUCCCCAGCCCUGCUCCACCACACCACGGACCACUCCAUUCCUGACACCUGA